AUGCAACGCAUCCAUCCGCUUUCCCGCAAGCUUGAACUGAUCCGCAAGAUAUGUAUCCGCGGCCUGUACAAAUUACAGGAAGAGAGAAAACCACACACCGGCGCGCACAACACACACAAACACACACGCCAUGCCCGCUGCCAAGCAAUGUUGCAUCAACCAGACCUGAACAAGAGACGCGGCUGGCGACUAGUCAAUGCUGCCUCAGACACGGAACCAGAACCAGAGCCCAGUUCGUCUUCACCUGCGCUGAUCCAUCCAUAUUUUGCCUAUUUUGCUGUUCAAGUCUGGAGUGGCCCGCCCCCAACAGCCGCUAAUAAUACCUCCAGUCGCAAAAAGCUGUCAGCCAACGUUCAAUACGAGUACGGCAACGCAUUCCCCUCAUUUUCUUACAUAGCAUUGUUCCAAUCUUUGUUCCAACAACGGCACUCUGGUUCCUCUCAUCUUGCGCUCGGUAGGCGAGAAAAGAAAGUCGUCCACCAUCCCGAUUCCCGAACACGUCUGAAACACAUCCGAGUCAACACACGCCCAGAGUCACGUCAAACCCUUUUUGCUGAGUUCCUAGGUUUCUCUCCGAUUGUCAGCAACAACGUCAAACCAAGCGAUGGAAGACGAAAGAAGUACAGCCAAAAAAAAAAAGUCCGAUUGCCAUAUAGUUUGCCGCCUGAUACACUGAUGACGGGAUCAGGCUCCGCGCGCGGCUGCCUUGCCAAAAGCGAUAUCGACAACAUGGCCCUUUCUGCAUGA